GCUUCAGAUUCAUGUAGGACAAGCUUUGAAACUUCAAUAUAAAAAUCUGAGAAUUUGAAGGCAACAUAAUAUUAUAUGACACCAUUUCAAAACGAUAUCAUUAUGAAUCACUAGAUGACCCUGGGGUAUAAUUCCUUCACUUCUCCCCUUAUCUUUGAGGACGUUCUGACCGCAGGAGCUCCUUAAAGAUUAGUGAAGUUCAUUCUACAGGCUUCUAGCUCCAAAAGUCAUUUGGGUCGUGCUUACUAGCAACAGCCGAAUAAUGUCGCACUUAUCUCAGUUAUCUGGGACACCAUCGUCCCUUCCCCAAGACUAUGCCAUCCUAUCUCGUUUUGCAGCUCCCCAGUUAGAAGAGACGCAGGAAGAGCCUGAGACUUCUCUUGCCAGGAGCGAACAAGAUGAAUACAGUGAAGAGGAUGAUUUGCUUCCAUCACGGAAGCCAGUUAGGCGCACCAGUUUCCCUUCGUCGUAUAUCAUUCCGCCGCAACCGCCCAUGAAUAUCCUUUCUGCAGCACCAAAUGUGCUUCAGCCGACUGAGAACACACCCCUCCUGGCGCCUUUUAUGCCACGUAUCCAAGAGGAUGUGGACUUCCCUCGUGAUGGGCACGAGCCAAGUACAGCUCGGAUGUACUGGGAAGAACUGUGUAUUUUGUCAAAAUACACUUUGCCUGUCUUUGGGACACACGUCUUGGAGCACAGCAUGAUAAUGUCAUCUGUGGUCUCCAUAGGCCAUAUAUCAACCGUAGCUCUUGCUGCCGCAACUAUUGGUUUCAUGACUGCUAACGUCACUGGUCUGAGCAUCAUUCAAGGUCUCGUGUCGACCUUAGAUACAAUGCUUCCUGGGGCUUGGACUUCUAAUCAGCCGCAACUCGUUGGACUGUGGACGCAGCGCAUGGCGGUCGUCAUGGCCGUUCUACUCAUACCUAUGUUUGUCGUUUGGUUUAAUGCAGAGCCCGUCUUGCUUUUACUGAGGCAAGAGGAGGAGGUCGCGCGGCUCGCUGGUAUUUACUUGAAAUGGGCCUCAUUAGGUCUGCCGGCUUAUGCAUUCAAUUGCAUUUCCCGCCGAUAUUUCCAGUCCCAAGGUCUUUUCAAUGUACCUACUCGUAUCACCUUGGGGGUAGCACCUAUCAAUGUGUUUUUGAAUUAUCUGCUAGUAUGGGGUCCAGAACCCAUCCGGUUGGGUUUCAUCGGCGCCCCGAUCGCGACGUCUGUUUCCUAUAAUCUUGUUUCAGUAGCCUCUGUCAUCUACGGAGUCUUCUUCGUUGAAAAGACAGCUUGGCAUCCGCUGUCAAGACGCUGUUUUACCUCGUUGGGUCUUCUCGUCCAGCUUGGGUUAGGCGGCGUUGGUCAGGUUGCUUCAGAGUGGUGGUCAUGGGAGUUGAUUGGGCGUGCUGCUAGCCUUCUUGGACCUACAGCUUUGGCAACUCAGUCAGUCCUUUUGGCGACUUGUUCGUCCACUUUUCAAGCCCCAUUUGCCCUGGGUGUUGCGACCUCUGUCCGUAUCGGAAACCUUCUUGGGGAAAAGAAUGCAAGACGUGCCGGAGUUUCUGCGAAAGCAGCUCUUUUUCUCUCCGCCGCAAUGGCGGCAUUCUUUAGUGCCGUUUUAAUGAUUUUCCGCAAGUCGUGGGGUUAUCUAUUCAAUAACGACGCCGAGGUCGUGACACUUGUGGCAUCUAUCCUACCAAUAUUGGCGCUAUUCCAGAUUCCCGACUUUGCAUGCGCUAUCACAGCCGGAAUACUAAGAGCUAGGGGCAAACAGCUCACUGGAGCUCUGAUCAAUCUUAGCGCCUACUAUAUCAUAGGGAUUCCCUUCGGGUUAUGGCUCACCUUCAAACAAGACCUGCGGCUCGCAGGACUCUGGUAUGGUCUUACCGCUGCUCUGGUUUACGGAUCAACGCUUGGCAUUUGGCUCUGCGUCAAAACAAAUUGGAAGAGGGAAGUGGAGAAAGUAGCUGAGCGCCUUGCUGUAGACAGCAAGUUCCGCGAUGGGCAGGUGGACCAUGAACGUUUGACGCAAUGAGUGCUCGACGAGCUAGUUGAUGAUGCGCAUUGGCCAGAAGGGUGGUUUGGUUUGGUUUAUUCACGUCUUUAAUGAUCUCACGAGGCUCACUUUGACUGAAUCUCCUUGUGGGAAAUUCGUUGUCAGGCUGUGCCUAAGCCGGCUGCGCUUUCAUGCAAAUGUGAACAUAUCUCCAGGCUUCUCCCCGUGAUUCUAGACUUC